GCCAGCAUACGGGUAGAAGGUUAGAGAAAGCAGAGUUCCCUCAAAGGACGGCAUAGAACUAAAGCUGGAGUCAUCGGGGAAAAGGCAGAGUAUCACAUUAGGAAUUUUGUGUGGAAAUUAAUUGGGGAGGGUGUCAUCUGGGUUAGAUUCUGUAAGUUAUCUAGCUGUGAGAUUUGACACAAAAGGGAAGGAAGGAGGGAUGUAAGCAAUCAUUAUUUUUCCCUAGGUUAAAGACCUCUGGAUUCCUGAGGCAUAAGACUGGCAAGGUUUGAUUGACAUGACCUUAGGUUUGCCAACUGUUUGGAGAGAAAAAAAUCCUGUCCCUUUAACAGAAUGAGGUGUUAUUUACCAGGUGAUGUUAUUUACCUCCUUGUUAUGAAAGGUUUCAGUUGUCUAUUUCCACACAUUAAGCCUCUAUUAAAGGCGUAGAACAUUUCUCACUAGACCUGUUGGCAAUCCUACUAGUAUAAGAAGGAUUAGUGGGUUUGUUUUUUUUAACUAGGGGGAUGAAAAUUGUUGAGGUUUCACUAACAUGAUCUUCACAGAAGCAGUCCUGGGCAUCUAGACAGUGUAUUACAUCAAUCUUCUUGUGAUAAUUUUUGCUUUAGUUUGCCAAACUUCAAAUAAAAACUAAGAGUAUAGAAUUUUCAAAAUGUGCAAGCUGCAGAGAACAAAGACAGAAGGGAGGAAAACGGGCAGCACUUGAACUGUUUGAAGAGGAAGGGAAGGCAAAGGGUUGUCAUAACAGAGAAAAGAUGCUGGCAAUUCCUUACUAGGAUUAUGUUAGGGAAUGAAGAGAGUUAUAUUGUGUGCUUCUGGUGCCUAUUUGCAUUGGUCUGAAGCAACAGAACAAAGUCUGAAUCAACUUUGUUCUGUUAUGUGCUUCUGUGUUGGGUUUCUGUAAGAUUUCGCCCUUGACAUGCAUCUAUGAUUAGUCAUAUUUGUUCACAGGUUCUCCAGGAGUUGCUUUUUCUGCUUGCAAGAUCUACUAGAACUGUGACUAAUUCUAUGCUUUUGGAACCUACAAGUUCAAGCAGUUGCACCAGGCCACCAGUUCUUCAUUAAAUUUUUGAAGUAGCAGAGGCGCCUUGCAGAUAUGAUAUAGGAAGUUUUGCUUCUAUGAUUAUUUAGUAUUGAAUUUACUUCUUUUCUUAAAUAUUGUUUCCUAGCUCUACUUGUGAAGUUUACAGUUCCUAUACUUACUGCUGACUUUAUCAUGUGAAAAUUGUAUAUCUGUUUUGGCCCAAGCAUAUACCAUUUUGUCACAAUAGCUUCUGUGCGCUACUGGUGUUAAAUUGUACCAAAAUUAUUUUCUCUCCCCACACACACACAUUAUGGCAUUAGUUUUUUGCACAUGGAUUUCCUACCUUGUCAUGUGUGAAGUGAGUCUAUGAAAAAGUUAAUCCAGAACGAUUUUCAAAAGAAUAACACAACUGUAAUCAGCCUUUUGAAGGAUGUGUUAAAGAGGCUGCAUGGAUAUGGAAAAGAUGAACUGUGUCCCGCCUUAGCCACAACAACCUUCUUGGUAGGAUUGGUGAUUACCGCCACACUGGUAGAAGCAGCUGAGAACAGGAGCCAAAUAUGCCAGCCUGCACCACUCUGGAAGAUCAAUGGGACAGUCCCAAUGGAUUGGAUGGAGGGCCAAGUGACAGUAGUGGCACUGUUAAAAGCCAGCUGACAAUUCUGUCUCAAGCAAGCUGCCAGCCUUGGCAACUUGCAGAAGAAACUGUCCCAUGAAGGGAUGGUCAAUAUAAGCUUCAUGAUUGUGAAUGAGAAGACUCCUUUUUCCCGGGCAAUGUAUUGGGAGCUCAAGCGGCAUGCUCCAGAGGGAAUGCCUGUUUACCAGCAGGAGAUCUUGGAACCUGAUGUCUGGCAAAUUCUACAUGGGGACAAGGAUGACUUCCUGAUCUAUGACAGGUGCAGCAAGCUGACUUUCCACAUCCAGUUGCCAUACAGUUUCCUGCACUUCCCUUAUGUUGAAGCUGCUGUACACUACACAUAUUACAAUGACUACUGUGGCAAUUGUUCCUGGUACCGUUCUAACAGCAACCAAGAGAUAAAUAGCACAGCAGAGACUAGCGUGAUGACAACUGAGGCUUCCAGACACAGUGAAAAGAGCCAGGAAGUUUCCAGCCACAAGCAUGAAGGGAAGACCAAAGAGGCACCCAACUUUGCAGAGCGUGUAACCCAUCACAUUUUGCAUCAUAUAGUGAGCAGCAACCACAGGGCCUUUGAUUUGGCCGGUACAUCCCAGCCAGUUCCCCAUUCUCAGAGCCAACUACAGAAACAACAGGAAUCAGAAUCAUAAAAAUUUGUUUUUAUGUAGGCAAGAUCCAACUGUGAGGCAAAUAGCUUUAGUUUAAAUGGGGGAGGGCCUAUAUUUUAAAACCAUAGGUCAAACCUACCGUUUCAGAAUAAAUAGUUAGAUGGUUCAAUGUUCAGAGCAGCAAGGAUACUGAAUUUUCUGUUCCCUUCCUAAAUCAACACAAAACCCCUUUUAGAACAUGGCUUUUUUGUUAUGUGGCACACACCAUCGUAAGUCUAACUGCAUGUACUGUACUUGAUGCAAUCUGGCUUCUCAUUUUGAAUCAGUCUGUGAUUACACUUGGGUUACAGGCACAUAUCAUUGGAUACAGUGCAAUUGCUGUGUCACAGCAAAAAUUCACAACUGGAUUUUCCUGUGUGGACAAGCUAAUUCAGUUGCUAAUGAUUGCAACAGUGCAAUCAGCAUGCAAUAGCCAAUGAUGUAUGGAUGUAGCUUUAUAUUUGCAAUAGCCAAUGAUGUAUAUAUGCAAUAGCCAAUUAUAUGCAAUAGCCAAUGAUGUAUGGAUGUAGCUUUAUAUCAAGAACUGUGUUUCACAAAGCCAACAGUGUCAAUGCCCUGGAGCUGAGAUAUCAAAGCAAUUUUUAUUCUUCACUUUGCCUGUGGUGACAGUGGCCAUCUUGCCUUCUUUGGGUCACAAAAGGGUGCGUUCAGACGUACCAUUAGUGGCAACACAGCUCCGUCUCGCUGACGGAUUAAAUAUGUUCGUCCAGACAUCCACAUCUGGCAAUCGAGCGUCAUCCAGGGUCAUUCCGACUUGCUGCGGAUCAGUGCUGCAUUAAUUUGACAGCGCAGAAAGUCCGGCCCUUUUUCAAAAAAGCAGCACAAGAUCAGCUUUUUCCUGUUUGGACAGCUCACGCACGAUACUGCCCCUUGGAAUGUUUACCGCCCCUCCCACCUUUUUUUUUUAAAAAGCCCCAGCAGACAUGCGCAUUGCCAGAUCAUCCGGGAAUCUGAGGUGACGCUUCUGCUUCUCCAAUCAACACAGGAUCGGAGGGGGGAGGGACAUUAUCCCACCAUUCAGAACAGGGAAAAAAAAAUUUUUUCAGUGUGGAGGAUUUCCAGAUAUUAUUGUCACUGCCAAUUUCUAGGAAAGUAAUUCCUGGCAGUUCCUUGGUUUGAAUCGGCAACGUUAAUUCUGGAAACUUCCCCCCGUCCCCCCUGCCUCUGAAGCAACGUUUGAUUUCCCACCUCCAAACAGUUGGGCACAUGUUCAAUGGACCCCCCCCCCAUCCCAGAAAUCACCAUCUGAUCACUCAUGCUCCAAGAAAAGAGCGUGAUAGUAUUGGAUGUCUGAUCGCUCAACAACAGAAUAAGUCGCAUUCUUGGAUGCUCGUCUGAACGACCCUGCAUCGAAUCAAUAUUCUGCGGUUCAAAUUUGAGCGCUACACACCCGCUUUUAAUGUGACGUGUGACUGCACCCAAAAGUGUUACAAUUGCUAUCUGCUGGGAAGCCAGGCUUGAUUCCCUUUCAUAUUUCCUGCUUUUCUGCAUUUAAUGACGUAUGCAGUGUAAACUAGAAUAUUCUAGUCUCUGCAGGCUGACACUGUACAGAAAAGUAUGUCAAAGGAACUAGAGGGACAGGAUCAGAAACCAGUUUUGGCAGAUGGAUAAUACUAACUGCUAGCAUAUGAAAAAGUGAAAGCAGAGCAAAGCUGGCUUUUUGCCUGGAGCGCAAGGCUUUGUACAUCGAGAUCCAUACAUAGAUUGAAGUUGGUGACAUGGAAUUAGCCAAGUCUAGGCAGUGUGGGGGAUUUCUUAUUUCUAUAGACAUCUGACUCAGUAGGAAGAUUCAAGGUCAGCCUUGGUAAAAGUGGUUUACUGGGUGUUGAAAUGGAAAAAGUGAAAAUAUAUUCUAGCAGAAAUAAAUCUUCUGACAUUA